AUGUCAGUGAUGCAUAGUCCUCCGCUUCUCAACUUGGGGAAUUCCCUGGAGGAUACAACAAAAGACGAAUCAGUCAAGAAUAAUAACGGUGAGAAGGAUAUGCCAUCGUUAUCUCCGCAAGAUACGACGAGUAACGAGCAACCUAGACAACCACCACCACCAGCUCUGAUCCCACCAGGAUUACCACAGCCACGACCACUACCAGCUGGCAACUGGCAAAACACGGCUCAACAAACAAGUGUUCCACAACUUAACCUCCCACCGAGACCAGCAAGGUUAGAAAGAAACGACCUCCCGCCAUUCUGGCCUCAGCACGCCAAGUUAUGGUUCAGCGCAGCAGAGUCAGCCUUCUCCAGCAAAGCAGUGGUAGAUGACGACGAAAAAUUUAGAGCAGUAAUUACCAAGCUCGAGCAAGAACAUCUUACUGCAAUCGAGCAACUGGUAACCAACCCACCAGGACAAAACAAAUACCUGGCAAUUAAAACUGCACUGAUAAAUCACUAUUCAUUAUCUCGGGAAGAGAGCUUUAGAACUCUCGUAUCCGGACUGUCAUUAAAAGGUCGACGACCUUCGGAACUUUAUGCUGAAAUGUGCAGGCUCGCAGGCAACGCAGUAGGUCCAGAAUUCAUCAGAACCAUGUGGAUGGAUCGAAUGCCUAAAGACAUGCAGAUGAUCUUAUCACUCGCCGAGACUCUGGACAGCAGCAUACUACUUGAAUUAGCUGACAAAACAAUGUCACUAUGCGACAAAAAUGCUAACCCACAAGUAGCCGCAAUAGCACGAAAUCCACACAAGGAUUGCGACGAAAAAUUCCAAAUUCUUACAAAAGAAAUGAAAAAUCUGUCAACAAAAAUCGACAGCUUGGUCGGUGCUCAGAGGAAAUCUCGCAGCAACUCCCCACAUCCCCAGGGAAGUAACUCUCGAACCAACAGUGCUGAUCGAGCACCCAAGCUUUGCUUUUAUCACAAAAAAUUUGGAGCACUAGCAUUCAAAUGCGUGCCUAAAUGUUCCUGGAAUGAGAACCAGGGAAACUCUCAAAGCCAUCAAUAG